AUGACAGCUGCUCCGAAGAGAACGGAUGCCGCCUCCGAAGAAGACUCUGUACACACAUCCAACAACUCUCAUAACACGCCAAAUGAGACAGUACCGACGAAAAAGCCUAGUCGCAAGAAAUGGUUCAUAAUUGGAGGCAUCGUGAUUUUGGUCGUGUUGGUGUUGAGUUUAACAUUGGGAUUAUACUAUGGCCUCAACAAGGAGCACAACGUCGUUCAUGAUAAUGACAAAGAUACCGCCGAUGAUACCCCCUACCCACCACCCAACGAGACCCCAGACAACAACCCUAAUGACAAUAAUGAUGAUGAUGAUGAUGAUGAUGAUGAUGAUGAUGAUGAUGAUGAUGAUGAUGAUGAUGAUGAUGAUGAUGGACAUGCUGAUAACAAUAAUAAGAACAAGAACAAGAACAGCAGCGAUGAUGAAUCGACGGAAAAGAAACAAGGACCCUUUGUCGACUUGGGUUACUCUCAAUAUGAAGGCAAUGUUCUCUCCAGCGAUAUUCACGAAUAUCUCGGUAUUCGCUAUGCCAAGUCCCCUUCAAAUGAUCUACGCUGGAAAGCACCUGUCAAGCCAGACUCUACAACUGGAACCUUGAAGGCUCAAACGUACGCCCCCUUCUGUCCAGGAGUCAACGACCGUCUCAGCUCAAACAUCGACGAAGACUGUCUUUUCGUCAACCUCUGGGCCCCAGCAAACGCAACUUCAGACUCGAAGCUCCCUGUCAUGGUCUUCUUCCAAUCCGGCGGCUACAUCAGAAAUGCGUCUCCCAACAUCAACGGCACUGGCCUCGUCACUGCUUCAAACAACAGCAUCAUUUAUGUCAACUUCAACUACCGCGUCGGCUUGUUCGGUUUCUUGGCUGGGAAGGAGAUUCAGGAUGAUGGUGAUCUUAACGCGGGUUUGCUGGAUCAGAGAUUCUUGUUGAAAUGGAUCCAGGAGCAUAUCCAGGAGUUUGGAGGCGAUCCCGAGCAUGUCAUUCUUCACGGUGAAUCUGCUGGAGCAGGAUCAGUGGCUCUUCAGCUCGUUGCCUACGCGGGUAAAGAUGAGGGUCUUUUCGCAGGUGCUAUCGCCGAGUCGGUCUUCAUGCCUGGUCUUCCGGAACCAGCUGACCUGCAGUACCAAUUUGACCGAGUCGUCAACGCAACUGACUGCUCCGAGGAAGACGACACGAUAGCUUGUCUCCGAAAAAUGGACUCAGCAGAUCUCCAAGCUCAAAACAUCAAGGCCCCUUUCGAUGGACGUGACUACCGAUCCUACUUUUACUGGGCACCCACUACCGAUGGAGACAUGUUCCCAGACUUUCCCUCCAAGCUAUAUGCGAAGGGCGACUUUGUCAAGGUGCCACUACUCACUGGUUCUUGUUCAGAUGAGGGGUCCAACUACGCCGUCAACGCAGGCAGCUCAGCCCAAUUCAUCCGCUACAUGCAAAACGAAUACCCCUAUCUCACAACCAACGACACCGAAACCAUUCUAGAUCUCUACCCCAAAGAACCUCAGCUCCCAAAGCACGACAUCUGGUUCCCUUCAGCUUCUCGCGCCUAUUCCGAAGUAACCUUUGUCUGCCCAACCAACAAUAUGCUCGACGCCUACGCCGAGCACGCCGAUCCCAAGUCGCUCUGGUCUUACCGCUAUAACGUGCAGAUCACAGAGUUCAUCGAGGACGGUCUUGGUGUUCCUCACGUCGCAAACGCACCCGCAGUCUUUGGCCCCGACAUGACUUCUGCUAAAGCUGGACCCAGCUACCGUUCUUACAACGCUCCCAUGAUACCCAUAGUGCAAAGGUACUGGAUCAGCUUUGUCCGAAACCUCGACCCCAAUACGGAUCGUCACGAGGACGCUCCUACAUGGGAGACCUGGGGAACCGAUCAGGACCGGCUGGUGUUCGAACUGAACAACAACACCAUGGAGAGUGUUGACCAGGGUCAGCGGGAACGCUGCCAGGCCUGGCUCGAUAUGAGUGGUUCAACCAAGCAAUAA